AUGGCCUAUGCUAUUUUCAUAGAAAUUCCUCUCACAGACCAACCAAUACCCAUCAAGCACUUUAGACUGUCGAUAGCUGAAGACUCUACACUCUCCCAGUUCACUGUUUGUAGUCCAAAUGUAGCCCAUGCAUGUAAUGAGAACUCCUACCCGAACAAUGUAUGUUACAAGAUGACAGAUCAUCUUCAGCAAGACUCCUCUUUCACUUCUGUUUCUCAAGAAUGGACAAAACAGACAGUGGACCUCCUCUUUCUGUUUGAUGGAUCAGGGAGUAUGACUGAAGAUGAAUUCACAAAAAAUAAAGAUUUCAUAGUGGAUAUAAUGGACAGCCUUAAGAACUCAUCAAUCAAGUUUGCAGCAGUUCAGUUCUCCUCAGAUUACAGGAAGGUUUUUGACUUCAAUGACUAUCAAGCUGGUACAGCUCUUGAUAAACUUAUGAAAGAGCCCCACAUGAAGAGUCUCACCAACACUCACAGAGCCCUCAAAUUUGUGUUGGAUGAUAUCUUGGAAAACCCACAGUCAGGCGCCUCUCGUGAUGCAAAGAAGGUUCUGGUUCUAAUCACAGAUGGAGAUCCCAGUGAUGUUGACAGAAACGGGAUAAUCAAAAGAUAUGAUGAUAAAAACAUCAUUCGCUUUGUCAUUGCGGUCAGAUAUGCUAGGUUGGAUAUAAUUGAGGCCAUUGCUUCACAACCGACAGAAAAAUAUGUCUUCAAGAUCGAGAACUACAACGGACUCAAGGGAAUACUUGAAGGCUCCAGUGCGGCUCGGGCAGGAGACAUAACUGGUGAAAUGUCUCAGAGUGGAUUCAGUGCCGUCUUCUAUAAUGUUUGCAGUUCCAGUGCUGUCCAUGAAUGUCAUGACAUCUCCUAUCUAAAUAGUGUGUGUUACAAGAUGACAGAUGGUCUUCAGCAAGUCUCCUCUUCCACACUUGAUUUCCAAGAAUGGACAAAACAGACAGUGGACCUCCUCUUUCUCUUUGAUGGAUCAGGGAGUAUCGACCAAGAUGAAUUCACAAAAAAUAAAGAUUUCAUAGUGGAUAUAAUGGACAGCCUUAAGAACACAUCGAUCAAGUUUGCAGCAGUUCAGUUCUCCUCAGAUUACAGGAAGGUUUUUGACUUCAAUGACUAUCAAGCUGGUACAGCUCUUGAUAAACUUAUGAAAGAGCCCCACAUGAAGAGUCUCACCAACACUCACAGAGCCCUCAAAUUUGUGUUGGAUGAUAUCUUGGAAAACCCACAGUCAGGCGCCUCUCGUGAUGCAAAGAAGGUUCUGGUUCUAAUCACAGAUGGAGAUCCCAGUGAUGUUGACAGAAACGGGAUAAUCAAAAGAUAUGAUGAUAAAAACAUCAUUCGCUUUGUCAUUGCGGUCAGAUAUGCUAGGUUGGAUAAUUUUGAGGCCAUUGCUUCACAACCGACAGAAAAAUAUGUCUUCAAGAUUGAGAACUACAACGGACUCAAGGGAAUACUGGAAAACUUUCAGAAAAGGAUCUUUAAAAUGGAAGGCUCCAGUGCGGCUCGGGCAGGAGACAUAACUGGUGAAAUGUCUCAGAGUGGAUUCAGUGCCGUCUUCUAUAAUGAUACACUGAUCCUGAGUUCAAUGGGAUCAAACAGCUGGCGGGGCUCUCUCCAAAAGCUCCGUCAACAAGAAGAAACACAAAUUGAAGAUCCACACAUGCAGAAUGACUCCUACAUGGGAUACUCAGUAUCUGUUGGACGGAAGAAUGAUGCUCCUCUAUACUUCACGGGUGCACCAAGAUUUGAGCAAAGAGGUCAGGUCAUAUUUUUCAGACAUGAUUGCAAGUACUGGACCGCAGCCCAAAGACUAAAUGGAGAACAGAUUGGUUCAUACUUUGGUGCAGAGCUGUGCUCAGUAGAUAUCGACUCAGACGGUAACACUGACUUCCUGCUGGUGGGAGCUCCACUGUUUUACCAGCCUCAGGAGAGCAGAGAAGGCCAGAUCUACGUCUACACACUGACUGAUGAGAUGCAACUGAGAAGCGAACUGAAUGUAACAGUGUCAUCCAUGGGUAGAUUUGGUACCACAAUCUCCAGCCUCGCAGACCUGAAUGGAGAUGGACUCCGGGACGUUGCUGUCGGAGCCCCCCUUGAGGACGACAACAGGGGGGCUGUGUACAUCUACCUUGGAGACGGACACAAAGGGAUACGCAGCACUUUCAGCCAAAGAAUCAUGGGACAGAAAAUUAAACCUGGGCUGAGAUUCUUUGGACAGGCCAUCGCUGAGGACAUCGACCAUGGAGACGACGGGCUCCCACGUAUUGUAAUUGGAUCACAGGCCACGGUUAUUGUCUUAAGGUCCAGGCCUGUCUUCAAUGUCGUUGCACAUCUGUCUUGUCAACCUGAGGAGAUAAGCAUUGAGAAAAUUGACUGCCUAGGCAACACAGAUGAAAAUUUACCCGUGUUUACCCUAACAGCCUGCUUUGAGAUGGUUGAAAUGACAAAGAGCAAAGCAGGGCCGAUGAACUCAGGACUGAAUAUCUCAUAUACGCUCGACGUGGAUGCAACAAAACAAACACAUCAAGCUUUCUUCAGUCCAACUGAUGAGAAAACUAGGAAUCUUGCUGCUACCUGUGAGCUGAGGGAGAAAGAGACCUGCUUCAACUACUCCAUCUACAUGCCCAAAUAUGUGGAAGACACAUUAUCACCCAUCAGCAUCAGACUAAACUUCUUCCAAGUGGACAGUGAGAACAUGAGUGCUGUCCUCAACGUGGACAGCAACAGGCAGGCUGUUGUUGAGUGCGACCUGAACAAAAAUGAUUACUGUGGGGGCGUCGCGUAGCGCAGUGGGUUACGCAGGCGCCCCAUAUAUAGAGGCUACAGUCCUCGCUGCAGCUGGCCCCUGAUUCGACUCCCGCUUCGGUCUGCCCUUUCCUGUGUGUCAUUCCCCCUCUCUCUGCCUCCCUAUUUCCUGUCUCUCUACUGUCCUGUCCAUUAAAGACACAA